AUGAUGAAUUGCGUCGUGAAUGCUCGAACAAGCUUGUAUUUACCAAAAAAUAUCGCUUCGUCAAAAGCCGAUCUUGACACCAACGACUACUACUUCGAUUACACCAAGAACUCACUCGACUGUAAACUUCUCACCAAAAAUCCAUAUCACUCCUACUUCAAACAACUCUAUCCAUCGUCUAUCAACCCACAUGAACUCACUCAUGAUAUGCUCCAUGUCAUCAAGUCAUACACUGACAGUCAGUCCAACGAGUGCUACAUGAAAACAAAUCUCAAUCUUCUGAGUGCUAAUUUCGACGACAUCGACUGGACUUAUGUCAACAAACUUCGAUCGCUGAUACGAGGUCUUAUACAAACCGAUAUCAAACACAUGUACUAUCGAGGUUUGACACUGAGUGAUCGUGAAAUUCAGUACUAUCUCGAUCGACGCAAUGGUUACUAUUAUACGAAUUCGUUCACAUCGGUGACAGUGGAUCGGUUACUUGUGUAUUCUGGUAAUGCUGUGAUGAUGUUUGCGACAUAUUAUCGUCAGUCUUGUUUAUUUGUCUACAGCCAUGCUAUAAUCGAUCAAGGUAAUAUCAAAGCACUGAAAACUCAUCUUUCAACAGUACAAAAUCCAGAGAUCUACUUCAAUCAAGUUUAUGAUAAACCAAGCAAACAAAAAUGUACACCGCUGAUGAUUGCCUGUCUGAAAAGAUAUACCGAUAUGAUACGAAUAAUACUCAGUUAUUUUCAAGUUGAUCUUGAAGUAUUAAAUGAUAUAGAACUCAUGGAGAAUGAUCAUGAUGCAUGGACAUUCCAUAAUGUUACCGUCCUUUGGGCAGCAGCAGCAAUAAAUAAUUUCGAAAUUGUCAAAUUACUCGUUGAAAACGGAGCAAAAAUCAAUCAUACGACCAUAACGAAUUCCACAGCACUGCGUUGUGCGUGCUGUAAUGGUAAUCUUGAAAUGGUACGUUAUUUAGUUGAUCAUGGUGCUGAUACUCAUAUAACGAAAAUACAUAACGAAACGAAUCUUAUCGCAAGUGUCUUCAAUGAUGAUUUAAUUAUGACUACUUACCUAGUAGAUGUAUUAGGUUAUGAUAUUAAUCAAUACACUGAUGAUGGCCGAUCGCCUCUUUAUGUCGCAGUAGAUCGUGAAUCGUAUGAUCAAGUGCUGUUCCUACUUAGUCGUGGUGCGCGUAAUUUUCAAGCAGUCGACAACCAAUUGUCUCCAAUCAUGUUAGCAGCUGAUAAGAGACUUCCCGAUUACGUUAAUGCUAUCGCUCCUCAUUGUUCGCUUCUAGAACAAAUCGAAGCAGAAGAGCUUCUUGGCAGUGCAUAUGCGUGUGGUGAACAAGGAAGUGUUGAUCUUGAUAAAUGUCUCCGAUAUUUGCAUCAAGCAAUGCAACAUCGACUUGAGUUUGAUCUUCCGAAAACGAUCCAUCCAUCGACAAAUGACAUUUUUUGUCAUCGUCUGGAGUGUCAAACAAUCGAUGAAUUGCAUGCUCUGCAAACAAAUCACAAUAACAUCUAUAGCGAAGCUUUACUUGUCCGUGAGCGUUUGCUUGGUGUUAAAAAUGCAAAAUACCUGCAAUCACUUCGAUAUCGUGGUGCUGCACUAGCUGAUAAUGCUCAACACUAUGACGGCGUUAUGCUAUGGUUGUAUGAACUUGAAUUACGACGACACCAUUCAAUACCAAUGGAUAGGGAUGAAUUACGACAAUGGGCUUCUAUUUUUAGCGAUAUGAUAUACAUAUCGACAAUAAUACCCAUCUCUGCUUGGCAAACAGUGACCAGUGUCAUCGUAGAAGAAUUAAAUCAUGCAACAACAGAUUUUGACUUCCAUCUAUAUACUUUACUCUAUUUGAUUACUGUCGCCAGCCAGAUGUUAUCCAAAACAAAACUCUCAACACGUGAUCAGAAAGUAUUGCAGAAGGAUAUUCAUUCGAUUGUUCAACGCCAAUUUGUUAGUCAAUCAAAUGGAUCUACUCUAUUACAUAUGAGUUUAAACAGCACGUCAUCAGCAAAUGAUUACUUCAUUGAUCGAAACUGCAGAUACCCAUCUUUCGACACCGCUCGAUUACUCUUACGGUGUGGCGCAGAUGCUAAUGCAAUGGAUGCCGUACGAGAUACACCUCUUCAUGUGUUUGUUAGCAAUGCGAAUACAUUCAAUGACGGUACUAUCGAACUUCUCCAUUCUGCUCAUGCACAUAUGGAUUGUGUCAAUGCAUUAGGAGAAACACCGAUGGAUGUCGUUUUGAAUUCAACUACUAGACAAUUACUUAAAUUGAAAAUUAACCUUAGUUUAAAAUGUUUCUGUGCCAGAUUUAUUCAAAGGAAUAGGAUUCCGUAUCAUGAUAAAAUUCAUACGUCGUUGAUUGAAUUUGUCGAAAAACAUUGA